AUGUUCCUGAGUGCUAUAGGCUAUAAAAUAUCACGCUACGAUGAAAUGGAGCUGAGCAGCGGUUGUUAUGUCCGACUGCUGGUCAAAAGGGCGUCCCCAUCUCGCUUUUACACCUCCCGAUCUUUCAACCGUGUCCACCAGUCUCGACGAUACGCGCCUAGUCUAGAUCGCCACGCCAUCUUUUUCGGGCUUAACAAUGAAUGGAACGAUUUAGUGGAAAUACACGAGAUGGCGCUUCGGGCGGGGCCGGUGAUACUAACGAUGUGGACGGCCAACGAGCAGACGGAUUACCUGAUGGUUAUAAGGGAUUUGAAGAUUGAGGAUGAGAAUGGGGGAGAAAGAAUUGGGCAUCCGGUAACCUCACUCACACGGCGAAACACAACGUAUAUAAGAUUUUGA